AUGACAAAACUCGAUUCUCAACUUAAACGAUAUUUCAUGAAUUGGACUUCUAACUGUUGGUUAACUUGCUAUGAAGAAACAGGUGUAGGUGGGGUUAAUAAUGUUGAAGUAGGAGUUGGUGGCAUUGGUAUUUGUGGCGGUGAUAUUAUUGACGAGGGUGUUGUUGAUGGCGGUGAUAAAAUUGGUAGUGUUGGUGUAGUUGGAGCUGAUGCAAAAGGUAGUGUUGGUGCUGGUGAUGCUGAAAUAAAUGGAAGAAUUGGUGUCAGUGGAGUAGAUGCAAAAGGUAGUGUUGGUGCUGGUGGUGCUGAAGUAAAGGGAAGAAUUGGUGUCGGUGGAGCUAAUGCAAAAGGUAGUGUUGGUGCUGGUGGUGGUGAAGUAAAUGGUAAAAUUGGUGUUGGUGAUGUCGAUGCAAAAGGCAGUGUUGGUGUUGGCGGUGUUGAUGCAAAAGGAAGUGCUGGUGCUGGUGGUGGUGACAUAAAUGGUAAAAUUGGUGUCGGAGGUGUCAAUGUGAAAGGUAUUGUUGGUGUUGGUGGUGGUGAGGUAAAUGGUAGUGUUGGUGCUGGUGGUGUCGAAGGAAAAGGUAGUGUUGGUGCUGGUGGGGGUGAGACAAAUGGUAGUAUUGGCGUUGGUGGCGGUGAUAAGAAUGGUAAUAUUGGUGUUGGUGGCGGCGAUAAGAAAGGAAAUAUUGGUGUAGGAGGUGGUGAAGCAAACGGUAUUAUUGGUGCCGGAGGUGGUGAUAGAAAUGGUAGUAUUGGUGCUGGAGGUGGUGAUAGAAUUGGCAGUGUUGGUGCUGGAGGUGGUGAUAUAAGAGGUAGUGUUGGUGUUGGCGGAGGUGAAGAGAAUGGUAAUAUUGGUGCUGGUGGUGGCGGUAGAAGUGGUGGGGGUAGGGUUAUUGUUGGGGGUGGUGGAGAUGCAAAAAGAGGUGGAAACAACGGUGGAGGUGGUGAUGGUAAUGGAAUAUUUGGUGGUGGAGGUGAAAAUGGUAUAAACGGGGGUGGCGAUACAGGUGGUGGCGAUUGGAUUGCAAAUGGUGGAGGUGGCGGUGGUGAUGAUAAAAAAAUUGGUGGUGAUGGUGGUGGUGGUGAAGGUACCAAAGGUGGGGGUGGGGGAAACAAUGGUGGGGAAGGAGCUAUUAUGGGUGGUGGUGGCGAAGGCACCAAAGGAGAAGGAGGUGGCAAUAACGGUGAGGGAGGAGGCACAAAUAAAGGUGGUGGAGAUGGCAUAAAAGGUGGCGUUACUGGAGGCAAGAGUGGUGGAAGUGGUGGUAAAGGCCUUCUUCUAGGGUUAAAUGGGUUAUCAGGCGAUGAUCGUUCAAACGGCCACUGGCCACAACUACUAAAAAGAUACUGA